AUGUCGUUAUUAGUUCUAGAAGGCGUCACUCUUGGACAAAAACAUAAGCAUUAUAAUACCCUCGUAAAGACGGCUUCUAACGACGAAACAUUAAAUUUGGAAGGAAUUGAUUAUGAAGAUAACGACAUCGAUAAUUUAUUUAGGACAGAUGUCGCUUGUUCUCGGCGAGACGUACGAUAUAUAAUUGAAGUAUUGAAAUGUAAGGAUAUGCAAUUUGUAUCACGCGCGCUUCAUAACAGUGCGUGGCUUUUCUCCGAUGAUCAGUAUGCGCACAUAAUCAACCCGCUCUAUCUACAACAAGAGAUUUUCUCUAAAAUAACCAAAAAAGCAAAAAAUAAACUACUUUAUUCCAUCAGACUUAAUAUGAGGAACACUAAACGUGCUGAUGAAUUUUUCAAUUAUUUAAAAGAAAACUUCAAAAAUGCCCAAAAAUGGUUACCUUAUUGUUCCGAAACUCUGACUAUAAGUAUUGUUAAAGAAGAAUGGAAAAAUAUUAGCGUUAGUGUAAUGCAUCGUUUGUGCAGAAAAUCAUUGGCAAUUUUGAAAACUUGUUGUGAAACAUGCCCUUCACAACGUUGGCUAAAAAGUGGUAAAUCAUUUCUGUACACCGAUACAAAGGAAUAUUUGGAGAUCCUUAAUUCUAUGCAGGAUAAAUAUAUACCUCAAUUUGGUAAAAAAGCUACACGAUUUUUAAUGAAUAAUGUUCCUGGGGUGGUCCAUGAGAAUUUUCACAAAUAUUGUUACGUAAUUGAUUUACCUGAAUUCGCGAAACACCUUAAAAUUGAGGAGAUAAAAAGUUUCAUAAUAAAACAAUUACAAAGUGAUAGAAAUGAAAUACGUUCUUGGUGUAGGUAUAAGUAUAUGAAACAUAUAAUUGAACGUAUUCCAACGAAGGAACGGUUUCAAAUCGUACAAGAAUUAUUUUUAAAAGUUGAAAAAGAUUUUUCUCUGGGUGUCGCUCACUCUGAAGUAAAUGAUGAAGAAAUGGAGAAUUUUUAUUCAUGGUACCGUUAUGUUCCUUUUGAAAUCGCAAUUAAAAAAUUAAAAAGUGUGAUAUUUGAUGAGAAAAUCAUAGACAAAUUAAAUGUAUUGAAUGAUAUGGAUUUUUUAUUCACGGAUACUGUACCCGGCUCAAGUAUACGUCCGUGGGCUAUCAGAGUACUAGUGAGAUGUGCUGCUGGCAACAUGUAUCAUAUACAAACACUACUACGUUACUAUCAAGAAUAUCACACCAAAGCUCUUUACAAUGAAUAUAUAAGCUUAAUUUUGGUCAGGAUUACAAAAACAUACAAAUAUGAUGAAACUACGUGGAAUAUGCUGAACAAUACAUUCCAUAAAUUAGGUGUUUAUGAUGAUAAAAAGAUACUUGACCCAGCUAUUUAUCAUAACUGUAUUCCAGCAAUUAUAUUUCAUAAUGUUCUUAAUGAUAAAUGCAUACCUUUAGUUAUAGAAAAAAAAAUAGCAUUAAAAUAUUUUAUAAAUUUUCGACAAAAAUUUGAACCAGAAGAAAGCGAAAAAGUGUUUAAGUACUUACAUAAACACGCAUUGAAAGAAAUAACUAUUAAAGAAAUUAAUAACAAAUUUGAUCUGGUUACUGUGAUUGCUAUGUGCGAUGAUUUUAUUAAGUUUUUGAAGCAUUGGAAUAAAACCGUCGAAGAGAAUCCGUCAAUAAUGGAAAAAAUUCAUGAGGUAGUCAAAAUCAUAAAAGAAAAUUCGUGGAGUACGGAUUCAUUGGUUUCCAAUGAGUUCAUUAUUUUUUACAAGAAGCACAAAAAUAUUAAAAAAUAUUUUUUCGAAGAUGCACUACUCUUACACCGAAGUGACGAAACAUAUUUAAUCGCAUUAAAAUAUAAUCCUGAUUUGUUAUUACGGGAUAAGAGCAAGAUAGAAAUGAUAAUUGAUAACGAUACAAUAUCAAUGAGACGAACUCUCAUUAAGCUGCGGGUCUACUGGCCAAGUUCUAUAGUCAACCGGUGGAGUGAAUUAUAUCUCACGAGAUUGCAUCAAACAACAAACAACAAAGUCUGUGUAGAAGCUCUCUUUAUUUUACUUCCUCGCAUGGAAACAUUGACACUUGUAGACAAAUAUGUACCUGCAGUUACUAAGAUCAAUUGGAAGGAAGAAACUAGUACUAUCCCAUUUAAUAUAAGGAAAAACAUUUGUAGAAGUCUGUAUAUGAUACGUCCUACUAUGAGUCUCGAUACUGUGUUGUUGUAUGCAAAAGGAGAUUACUUUAGAUUUGCAGCUCCACUACUCUAUGACAUCUUUCUCAGUAUCAAUUAUGAUCAUGCUUCUACUUAUAUACUUAAAUUUUUAGACGAUUCUGAUAGUUUCCAGAGGCUAGGUAUCCGAUAUAUUUUGGAAAAUUUAGAAACUGUCAAAGCAAAAAAUAUUGUGCUAAUUGUAUGGAAUAAAGGCAGCUAUUCCGUAAAGUGUGGGCUGUUUAAACACAUUUACAAACUUUUAAUUAAAGAGAAAGAAUCGAAAAUGAUUGAAAGGAUAUGGGAACUUUUAAGUGUCUUAUUCGAUUAUUUAACCCCUGAAUUUUAUGAAUCUGUUAAAACAAAGAAAGACAACAUUAAUGCAGUACCAAAACUUAUAAAGCACAAAUUUUACAUUAAAUGUUUUCAAUAUUUGAAAUCAUACCCCACAACAAAUCAGAAAGAAUUCUAUGGUGAUUUUUAUAGAUACAUGAGAUUUAACGUUGAACUAUUGGAUAUUGAUGUCGUGGAAGAAGUAUUAUGUGAAGCCAUUGAUCAAUGUUUUACCGAGGACGACAAUGUCUAUUAUUACCAUCGUGAUAAUGUUUUUCGAUUAUUAACAGCAUAUUUGACGUUCAGCGAUAGUAUAGAAAAUCAACAAAUUAAAUUUGACAAAUUGUUUUUGCCGGUCAUAAAACGGUUUUUAUCAGUGUGGCAGAAUUACAAACGCUUAUUCAAGAAAAUUUUGGAAAGCCUUUCCUUGAAUGUAUCAAAACGAUUAUUGAAUACAAAAAACUAUGUUGUCCCUACGUACUUAUUCAAAAAAAUUCAAAAUAGUAUUGCGGAAUCGUUCUCGUUGGAAAAAGAAUAUAAUAUAAUAACAUUUUGGAAUUUAACAGUAAUAUUUGUAGAAUUACUUGAGAAUUUUUCUUAUAGCGACAAAUUUCAAAGCAUUUGUGAAAACAUGAAGAAAUAUUACUAUAACUAUCAAUACGAAUGUCCAGAUUUUAUAGAAGUUUAUUCUAACAUUGCACCAGUAUUUGGAAAAGCUUGUUUGAAAUAUUUUAUACAAGAGAACAGAAUAUCCAGAUAUUCUUUUCUUUGGCCGCUGGCCUCAAAAUCGAUGAUGGAUGCAUUGAUAUCGCUCAGUUUCCCUUAUUCAGUUAUGAAUCAAACUUUGAAACAUAUGCUGCUAGAUGAAAAUGCCACAGAAAUUGAGGCUUGUUAUCUUAUCGUCAUCGGAGUUGUUCGUUGCAUGUAUAUAAAUUCAGGGAGUGGUGAAUACAAAUUUACUUUUGAUGAGGAAUUGAAAAACGUUAUUUUGUGUCAUCCUUCAAAAGUCAUUAGAACCCACUAUCGCCACUGUGAUUUACCAUAUCAUGUUUAUAAAGAAGACGAAAACUCUGAUUGGGGUCGUCCUGGUCUUAUGUAUGGUAGAGGUCGCCCAAAUGAUUCGGAGGUGUAUUAG